AUACUAAGAAAAUUACCAAAAAUUGCACAAUAUUAUAAAUUUUUUCGAAAAGUUUAUAAUGUUUUAUUAUGUUGUAAUAUUAUGGUGUGAUGCCAUAAAAUAGAAAAAAAACAUAGUUUAGGUGUACGUAACUUUAAUAAAUUUCAAUAGUAGUCCUUUUGUAUCAUUUUUAGACAUUUUUCUGUAAGUUCAGGAGUGUAAGUAAAGAAGCUCAAUUUUAUUUUCUAUUGAUUUCAAUGAAUUUUCAAUGCAUUUUAUUUAAAGGAGUUUGGUAAUAUUAUUGAUAAAUUAAAAUUUGAAUUGAAGAAAAUGUAUGUGGAUGUAUUCAAUGGUAGGUCACAUUAACGAAAAGAAGAAACUGUCAAUUUUAGGUUAAUAUUUUCAAAAUCUGUAGACAUAAAUUUUAUAAAUUAUCUAUUUUAAAUAGGUAUAUACAAUGAAAAACCAUUAUGAAGAUACAUAAAAUGUCAAUAUCCCGUGUUAAUACGUUAAAACUUUCUUAUCAGUAUUAUUUAAUGCUUUUUCUAUGCAUUAUGUUCAGUUUUUCGGCGAUAUUAAGCUUAUAUGCUUUAACUAAUGAUUUAGAUAAAUGUAAUUGUUCUAAGGAAAAAACCCUGUACACCACAUACACUUCAAAAAAAUUAAUUAGUUCAAUGCACAAAUUAGCAAUAUUAGUCCCAUAUAAAGAAAGAUUCGAAGAACUCAUGGAAUUCGCGCCGUACAUGUAUAACUUUCUGAAUAGGCAAAAAGUAAAUUUUGAUAUUAUUAUUUUAAAUCAAGUAGAUCAAUAUAGGUUUAAUAGAGCGUCACUUAUAAAUGCGGGGUUUCUAGAAGUAAGAGCUAAUUACGAUUAUAUCGCUAUGCACGACGUCGAUUUGUUACCUCUAAAUCCGCAACUGUUGUAUUCAUAUCCAGAACAACCCAUUCAUUUAGCAGCUCCAACUCUUCAUCCUCGAUAUCAUUAUGAGAAGUUUAUUGGAGGUAUUUUGUUAAUUAAUAAGAAGCAAUUCGAAUUAGUCAAUGGUUUAUCUAAUAGAUAUUGGGGUUGGGGGUUAGAAGAUGACGAAUUUUAUGUACGCCUAAGAGAUGCGCACAUAAAUAUUACAAGACCAGUAAAUAUUACUACAGGAAUAGAUGGUACUUUUAGACACGUUCAUGGUAAAGAAAGAAAAAGGGAUACAGUGAAAUGUUACAAUCAACGUGAAGUAACUAGACGUAGGGAUCGUCAGACUGGUCUACAUGAUGUCAAUUACACUGUAUUGAGUAAUAUAAACAUGGAAAUACAAGGAGCUCCGUUAAUAGUGAUUAAUAUUCGAUUGUUCUGUAAUUACAGUGCUACUCCUUGGUGCGAUUGCUCUAAAUCAACAGAAUUUAGUGUAAAACAGAAAAAAUCCAGUGAAUGACCUGUAUUUUAAUAGUAAGUGUUUUUGAGAUUAUGUGCUGCUCAAAUUAUCUUAAUACUAGAAAAAGUAUGAAAAUCUGUGUGCAUAUAUGUAGUAAAAAGAUAAUUUGUAAUCAUCUUGCCAAAAAAAUUAUGUUUUCAUAUAGAAACAACUGAGAUUAAAAAAGAGUCCUCUAUAUUAGAACCUUCUUUGUAUGGGGCGUUAACUGAAUUAUAAUAUUUUGGAACUUUUAAUUUACAAAUUAGGUAUAAAAUGAUGCAGAUGAAGUAGAUCAACUUUUAUAUAUUUUUGAUGAUUUGAUGCAUUUCUCGGUUUAUUUGUUGUUUGAAAUAAUUGAAAAUUAGUGGAUAAAACUAACAUUUCAUUUUGUUACACCUUUGAUAUGAUCGCACUACUGCUCCAUAACAUGGUGUAAUUCCUUGUUUGGAUAGUACAUAUCUAAUAAGAAGUCUUUAAUCAAGUUAUACGAUAAAAAGUCCAUAUACAAAGGUAUUAUAGCUUCUGAGGGAUAGGGUCUUUGAUUGGGGUUCUACAUUAGCUUCCCUUGUGAGACAAUGAAUUUUUAUUGUAAUCUUCACUUGAAGUAUUGUUUUUUUCAUUCUCAUUACCAUCCUGUGGUCGGUUUUUCAGUUUUAUAAUCUUUAUCUAAGGAAACUAAUUCUUCUAAGUAAUUUAGAUUUUCCUCGCCGUUUUGUGGUUCAUCAAUAUUAUAAAAUCGUUUUCUGUUAUGAAAAAUUUUUACUCACUAUGUUGCCAUGUUUGGGAAGAGAAUUUAGGCAGCUUUUAAGGAAAUUAUAUUCUCAAGGAAUCCUGUGUAUACUAUCAAGGAUUGCAAAUCUGUGCACAGUUUUUCAGGAAUUACAAACAAUGUAAUUUGUACUUUUAUUGUGUAUACAGUUUAUUUUCAAUGUUUUUAUAUAAUUUUACAUAAUUUACAGCCAGUUUUUGAUGUAGAUUCAAGCAAGAACUGGUCAAAUUUUCUGAUAUUGUAUUUUUUUAAAUAAAAGUUUUCAAAAAAUUACUUUUAGUAAAAUAAUUAUCAAAUAACAAUUAAAAAUCAAUUUUCAAUAUAUGAAAAAUUAUUUUUCUGGGUCUUUCUUUUUGGAAAUAAUGCAAGUUUGUCCCAAAAAUGGUCUUUAAGAGCCCUAUUGUUUAUAGAAAAUCGAUUAGGUCCAAAAUUUUAAUAAAAGACCUUUCCAAGUCCAACUUUUUUAAGAAAAAACCUUUAAAAUUUUAUAUUUUCGACAAAAAGUAUUUAACUUAAAGCUGUUUUUAUAUAUAUUUAAAAUGGAUAAAAAGACUCUUUUAAAUCUAAAUUUGUAUAUUAUUUUAGAGAUAAUGGUUUUUCAAGUUUAAACUAAUAGAAAAAACCCAUCGAAACUUAACAUCGAAAGACAUAACUUCCAAGUCUAAUUGCAUAUUUCUGUGAUAAAAUCUUUUUUAUAAGCAAAAUUUUUAAAAAUAAAAUAAUAAAAAUUUUAUUUUUCCAAAAA